GUUUUCGUUUUUUUUUUAUGCUAGUUACUUUAAUGCAUUUUAAAAUUAUUAACAAUUUUGCACAUCUUACAAGCAUAAAAAACUAAUGAAGAACAAAAAAGUAAUAAAAAGGAAGAAAGAAAAAAAUCAAGACAAAAAUAGAAAAAAAGGAAACAAAAAUGUGAGUUACAGAGUUAAUUUGAACAUGCUUGCGCUCUAAAAGUAUCUGUUUUUAAUGGACUGACCAGUGACGUAGUUCCGUCAUAAUGGAAGCCACGUAUGUCACUUCCUGUUUCUACCUACUGCCUAGUGUUGUUGGUAACUAGACCAUCAUGAAAAAGACGCAAAAGCUAAAACAUCUGCAAGCUACUGGUACCACAAGUGAGUUCUGUUGUGUGCCGUUUUGUCGACUCAACAGCAGGUACAAUAGAUUAGUUAGUUUUUUUCAUUUUCCUGCUGAAGAGCAGCUAAGGCGACAAUGGAUCGUGGCUGUCCGCAGGGAAAACUUAGUUAUAAAACAUCACACUCGCRUUUGCAUUCGGCAUUUCAAACCUGAGGAUAUCCAAGAGCCAGAGUCAGAAACAGGAAGACGGAGGUUGAAGAAGGGAGCUGUGCCUGUUUUGUUCGARUGGAACAAUUUCUCCCUUCCACUUCCAAGACCACCUCCAGAGGACAGAGAGCAGGAAGACAACACAACAGUCUGUGUAUCUAGUGAAGACGCCCUUAAGGAUCAUGAUUAUGCCACGGCUCCAGACCCUGCAGUUGUGGAUUUCGUGCUGGAGGAAAACAAUACUCUCCUGAAGAAAAUGCACCAGCUACGGGAAGAGGUUGAGAGCCUGGCCCUGAGGCAGAGGUUCGGCAUUCACCACUUUGCUGCUUCUGACAAGGACAUUACAUUCUUCACAAGGUUUGCAUCAUAUGACCACCUGAUGCAUUUCUGGACCAUGAUCAAGCCCUUUCUGCCGUCUAUGGUCCGUGCUCACCAAGGACCAGGAGGAGCUGCCCUCGACUCCACUCCCUCAACCCAUACUUUGCAGCCCAUUGAUGAGUUUUUCCUGUUUUUGAAUUACCUCUCCCUUGGAUCCAAGCAACAGGACCUCGCUGACCGCUACAGCGUCCGUCAGUCCACUGUCCUCCAGAUCAUCACAACAUGGAGCAACUUCUUAUUUACAGUAUUAGGUCCGAUUAGUAUCUGGAUACCGGAGGAGCAGAUACGCAAAAAUCUACCCGCAGCCUUCAAAGAUUACCCUGACACAACAGUCAUCCUUGACUGCACUGAGCUGAGGUGUCAGUACCCAUCGUCCCCCCUCCUCCACUGCACUCUGAAAGGGCUGAUUGGGAUGGCGCCACACGGGGCGGUGACGUUCGUCUCAGGACUGUACACCGGGUCCAUCAGUGACGAGCAGAUCACACGUGAAUCUGGUCUCCUCGCCCUCCUGAAACCUGGGAUGGCUGUCAUGGUGGACAGGGGCUUUCUCAUAGACGACGUCGUUCCCUGCAGAGUUUACAAGGCAGCGUUUCUCUCCGGCAGGUCUCAGGUGUCUGCAGUGGACGAGACCCAGGCCACGGCACGCCUCAGGCUGCACGUGGAGCGCCUCAUCCUCCGGGUCAAAGAGCACAAGUUAUUUGACUCUGAAAUUCCCGGAGGUGUUUUUGGGAUAAUCAGCCAACUGUACACUGUUGCUUGUCUGCUCACAAAUUAUGAAGACGGCCCACUGGUGAAGGCUGGUUAAAGAAGCCUGACAUCUGUCUAACUGAAAGACAGUAUGUUGUGUAUUUACUGUUCAUUUUGUUGUUUUUACUUAAAAUAAAACUCAAUCACUUUCAUAAA